ACUCAAAUCCGGAAGUUACGCAGGAGGAAGAGGCAGUAAAGUCGGCUUCAGACGCAUGUGGGUCCUGCUCGUCAUGCUCGUGUUUCUAGGUCCCAGGAAGCUGGUCCUUUAAGCUCGGUACCGGCGUAGUCAACAUGGGUCGCUCGGGGAAGUUGCCCUCUGGUGUCUCGGCAAAGUUGAAGCGCUGGAAGAAAGGCCAUAGCAGCGACAGCAACCCCGCCAUCUGCCGCCACCGCCAUGCCGCCCGCAGCCGCUUCUUCAGCCGGCCCUCAGGUAAGAGCGACCUGACAGUUGAUGCAGUGAAGUUGCAUAAUGAGCUGCAGUCGGGGUCCCUGCGCCCGGGCGGGAGCGAAGCCCCCGAGACUGCCAUAGAAGAAGAGGUGGUGCCGGCUCUCACGGAGAAGUCCUCGACCACCUUCCUGAGCGGCCUCUCCGACUGCACAAACGUCACCUUCAGCAAAGUGCAGCGUUUCUGGGAGUCCAACUCGGCUGCCCACAAAGAGAUCUGUGCUGUUCUGGCUGCUGUAACCGAGGUGAUUCGCUCCCAAGGAGGGAAGGAGACAGAGACUGAGUACUUUGCUGCACUGAUGACAACAAUGGAAGCGGUGGAAUCCCCAGAGUCUCUGGCUGCUGUUGCUUACCUGCUGAACCUUGUCCUGAAGCGCGUACCCAGCCCUGUGCUCAUCAGGAAGUUUUCUGAUACCUCCAAAGCCUUCAUGGAUAUCAUGUCAGCCCAGGCCAGCAUUGGUUCUACCUCUGCCCUCCGAUGGGUCCUGUCCUGCCUGGCCACCCUUCUGCGGAAGCAGGACCUGGAGGCCUGGAGCUACCCUGUGACCUUGCAGGUGUACCACGGGCUGCUGAGCUUCACUGUGCAUGCCAAGCCCAAGAUCCGGAAGGCUGCCCAGCAUGGAGUGUGCUCUGUCCUCAAGGGCAGUGAAUUCAUGUUUAGUGAAAAGACCCCUGCCCAUCACCCUGCUGCCAUUUCCACUGCCAAGUUCUGCAUCCAGGAGAUUGAGAAAUCUGGAGGCUCCAAAGAGGCCACUACCACACUGCACCUGCUGACGCUGCUGCAGGACCUGCUGCCCUGCUUCCCGGAAGGCCUGGUGAAGAGCUGCAGUGAGACUCUCCUCAGGGUCAUGACCUUGAGCCAUGUGUUGGUGACAGCCUGUGCCAUGCAGGCCUUUCACAGCCUUUUCCAUGCCAAGCCUGGCCCAGGUACCCUGUCAGCAGAGCUCAAUGCCCAGAUCAUCACGGCCUUAUAUGACUAUGUUCCCAGCGAGAAUGACUUACAGCCCCUGCUGGCCUGGCUUAAGGUCAUGGAGAAAGCCCACAUCAACCUGGUCAGGCUGCAGUGGGACCUGGGGCUGGGCCACUUCCCUCGCUUUUUUGGAACUGCGAUGACCUGCCUUCUGUCUGCCCACUCGCAGGUGGUGACAGCUGCCACUCAGAGCCUCCAGGAGAUUCUGAAGGAAGGUGUGACUCCUCACAUGGCCAGCAUUGGCUCCGUGACCUUCUCGGCCUCAGGCCCUGCCCAGUACAUUGCCAAGAUGUUCAGGGCAGUGGAGGAGGGCCUGACAUACAAAUUCCAUGCAGCGUGGAGCUCCGUGCUGCAGCUGCUGUGUGUCUUCUUCAAGGCAUGUGGGAGGCAGGCUCAUCCUGUGAUGAAGAAGUGCCUCCAGUCCCUGUGUGACCUGCGGCUCUCCCCGCACUUCCCCCACACAGCAGCUCUAGACCAGGCUGUGGGGGCCGCGGUGGCCAGCAUGGGACCCGAGGUGAUUUUAGGGGCUGUGCCUCUGGAAAUUGACGGCUCUGAAGAGACUCUGGAUUUCCCACGGAGCUGGCUGCUGCCCGUCAUCCGGGACCAUGUCCGGGAAACACGACUUGGUUUCUUCACUACCUACUUCUUGCCCCUGGCUACCACUCUGAAGAGCAAAGCAAUGGACCUGGCCCAGGCGGGUAGCACAGUGGAGUCUAAGAUCUAUGACACACUCCAGUGGCAGAUCUGGACCCUCCUGCCUGGGUUCUGCACAAAGCCCACAGAUGUGGCUGCGUCCUUCAGAGGGCUGGCACGGACACUGGGCACAGCUAUCAGCGAGCGCCCAGACUUGAGGGUCACUGUGUGCCAGGCCCUUCGCACCCUUAUUGCCAAGGGCUGUGAGGCAGAGGCCGACCGUGCCGAAGUGAGCCGCUUUGCCAAGAACUUUCUGCCCAUCCUCUUCAACCUGUAUGGGCAGCCUGUUGCAGCUGGAGACACCCCAGCCCCUCGCCGGCCUGUGCUAGAAACCAUCAAAGCUUACCUCACCAUUACUGACCCGCAGUUGGUGAAUGGUUUCCUGGAAAAAGCCAGUGAGAAGGUGCUCGACCCUGCUAGUUCUGCCUUUACCAGAUUGUCUGUCCUGGACCUGGUGGUGGCCCUGGCUCCUCACGCUGAUGAAGCCGCCAUCAGCAAGCUGUACUCCACCAUCCGACCGUACCUGGAGAGCAAGGCCCAUGGGGUACAGAAAAAGGCCUACCGUGUGCUGGAGGAGGUGUGCGCCAGCCCGCAGGGCCCUGGAGCCCGCUUCGUGCAGAGCCACCUGGAGGACCUAAAGAUGACCUUACUGGACUCGCUGCGGAGCACUUCCUCACCUGCCAAGAGGCCCCGUUUGAAGUGCCUCAUACAUAUUGUGAAGAAGCUCUCAGCUGAGCACGAGGAGUUCAUCACUGCGCUUGUCCCAGAGGUGAUCCUGUGUACCAAGGAGGUGUCCGUGGGCGCUCGGAAGAACGCUUUUGCCCUGCUCGUGGAGAUGGGCCGUGCUUUCCUUCGGUUUGGCCCGAACCAGGAAGAAGCCCUACAGCGCUACCUCGUCCUGAUCUAUCCCGGCCUGGUGGGUGCUGUGACCAUGGUCAGCUGCAGCAUCCUGGCCCUGACCCACCUCCUUUUUGAGUUUAAAGGUCUAAUGGGGACCAGCACAGUGGAACAGCUGCUGGAGAAUGUGUGCCUGCUCCUGGCCUCCCGCACCCGCGAUGUGGUCAAAUCAGCGCUGGGCUUCAUCAAGGUGGCUGUGGUUGUCAUGGACGUGUCACACCUGGCCAAGCAGGUGCAGCUGGUGAUGGAAGCCAUCGGGAAGCUUUCAGAUGAUAUGCGGCGGCACUUCCGCAUGAAGCUUCGGAACCUGUUCACCAAGUUCAUCCGCAAGUUUGGGUUUGAGCUGGUGAAGGGGCUGCUGCCUGAGGAGUACCACAAAGUCCUGCUUAACAUCCGGAAAGCUGAGGCCCGGGCCAAGAGGCACCGCGUUCUGAACCAGGCUGCCAUGGAAGAGGAGGAGGAGGAAGAGGAAGAGCCCACCCAGGGCAAAGGUGAUAGCAUUGAGGAGAUUUUGGCCGACUCAGAGGAUGAGGACAAUGAGGAAGAAGAAAGGAGCCAGGCUAAGGAGCAACGGAGGCUGACCCGACAAAGGAGCCGGGUGUGGCUGAAGGACGGUGGAGGGGAUGAGCCCCUCAACUUCCUGGACCCUAGGGUGGUCCAGCGAGUUCUAGCCACACGGCCUGGGCUGGGCCAGGGCAAGAAGAAGGACCAUGGCUUCAAGGUGAGUGCCGAUGGCCGGCUGAUCAUCCGGGAGGAGGAGGACUUGGCCCCCGCCAAGAUGGAGGAAGAGGACGGCGCUAAAGGGGAGGAUGAAGAGAUGGCAGACCUCAUGGAAAGCAUGGAUGUCAGGAGUAGCGGGGAGCUCUGCAGCACCCAGUGCUUCCUUCAGAGGUGGCUGGGUGUCCAGCUGAAAGCAUUGUCUGCACUGAGGGCACGUGCUGUGCAGGCUGAAGGGCCACAGCUGGCCUGUGUGCUCCCUGGGACAGGCUCCUGCAUGGGAUUGGGGCACCCACUGUGGUGGAGUGCAGAGGGACCCCACGUGUUACCUCACCUGCUCCCCCCAGGACAUGGGGACCCUAUCAUCCCCAUUUCCAGACAGGACUUGCAGGAAGUAAGUAGUGUGCCCAAGGUCACAGGGGUUCUUAGCUGCAAACUGGGGACUUGAACCCUGGCCUUCCCGUCUUCCUGAGCCCCUUGCUACCUCCCCGGAUGGAGCACAGCCUCCCAGCUCCCCAGCCUGCACCCGUCCAUCACCUGCCUUUCCCAAGCCCAGUGAACAGCAUUGCUGGGGCAUCUUAGAGCAGUUUUCUCUCUCCAUUUUCUCAGACUGGCCGGCGCAUCCGGCCUUCCUGGGUACCCCUGGUAUUAAUGCUGAUACAUUAUUAGUACAGAUGCAGGCUCUGGAGUCCCAUCCUGGCUUCUCCCUGACCUCUCUCAAGGCCUCAGUUCCUCAUCUGUAAAUCUGGUAGAAUUACUGGGACAGCUUGAUGAGUUUGGACAUAGAAAGUACAUGAGUCCAUGUCUGAUAAACUUCCUCCCAAAUCACAAUUUUCAUUAAUACCAUAUUCAUGAAUUCCCAUAUGCCUCACCAAAUGCCCAUCUGCCCACCAGGGCCCGAGGAACUUCUUUAUCAGAGCAUUACACCCAAGCGGGAUUCUGUUUGGAGAACUGGGUAAUAACCAGACAUAAAGGAUCAGAGUUAGGGAGUCAGAGAGUGGGUUUGGGUCUUGGAG